AUGGAUCAGCCAGUGGACCUGACCCGGGAAAUCGUCGACCUUACCAGGGAUACCGGUGAAGACCGCGAUAGCACCCCGGCCGAUAAAUUCAUUGAUCUGACUCUCGUAGCCAACCGAGACGACUGGGUGCAUGAGCCUCCCCGGACUCCAGCUGGCAAGUCGUAUGUCGCAGUCAGGGAACGUCUUGAGGCUCAAGUUUCCCAGCCAAGCAAAGACAGCCAUCCUUGCACUUGCAUGUUUGGCAGGAGCUCCAUGAAGCCCGGUGUUUGUGUGGAGCUCAUAUGCGGAAUGUUCCUGCGAAUUGAAAAAGUCGUGCACGGCGGCUACGAGACGUUUCUCUCCGGUCGCUGGUUAUUCCGCAGCAAGUAUGCUGAACAAGUGUUAGGGUUUCUGCCCAGGGUGGAGGGCGAGCUAGUAUGGCUCAAGCAAAAAGACAUCUUGGCCACAGUCGCAAAGGUCAAGCGGAUCGUUGAAAUUAAGUUCACAAAUAACAGGCUGGAUAAAUGGGAAGACCACAGUGAUCUUGUGUGCCGCCUCGCUUUACGCGUUCAUGAACACCAGUCCUCGGCUUCAGUGGGAGAGCGGGCUUCCGUCGAGUACUUGACUGCGGCAGAAGCAGACCCAAUGUACUCGCGGACAUCCCGAGAGUUGCGUGACAAAUGGCGUGGGAAAGGGGAGACGAUUCUAUUUGGUGCCCAUGAGUUGCCUCCGAAGCUCGCAAAACCUGCAAAACGUGCAAGGGCCCCGACUCGCCCAGCUUCAGACAUAUCGGUGAUUGAUCUCGACGAGGUCACUGUGAUCGAUCUCGAAACAGGAACCGCUGAUCCCGAAGAAGACAGUACAAGCCCCGUAUUCAAUCUUGUUGACCCUCGCAAUAGGGCAUACACUCUCGGAGAUGCAUUCUGCGGUGCUGGCGGAGUUUCUUGUGGCGCCCGCAUGGCUGGACUGAAGAUCCGGUGGGCUGUUGACGUGAAUCCGAAUGCCAUCAAAACAUACCACAUGAACUUUGGUGGGGACACUACAAUCAUUGAGCAAUCUUCUUUCGACCAGUUCAUGUCAAACAAUGAGAAGGAGCUGCGCGUUGAUAUUGCUCAUGCAUCUCCUCCUUGCCAGCCAUUCUCGCCGGCACACACAAUUAAUAAUCAAGAGCGCGACGAAAAGAACUCAGCAUGCGUCUUUGUCUCCUUGGAUAUCGUGAAAAAGGCAAAGCCUCGAAUCCUGACCAUCGAAGAGACGGCCGGCCUAUUGGAACGUCACUCCCGUAUGUUCAAUCGGAUCAUCCAGGACUUCAUCGAGAUUGGGUAUUCGGUUCUAUGGGGCAUUGUGGAGUGUAUGAACCACGGCGUACCCCAGACAAGAAAGCGACUGAUAGUUAUUGCGGCAGGACCCGGCGAGAAACUCCCAUCUUUCCUGCCCGAGACCCACGGACCAGGCCUUCGACCAUACAAAACCAUUGCGGACACAAUUGACAGCAUCCCUGGCAACGCACCCGACCAUGACUGGUGGACUUUGCUAGAGCAGCAGUACGAUCGAGGGUAUAAAGAACCCUACGACAAGCAUGGGCCUGCUAAGACCCUCACCUGUAGUGGAGGUGAGAGGAAUUAUCACCCCUCUGGCAAACGACGCUUCAGUGAGCGAGAAGCUGCCUGCUUGCAGACCUUUCCUCUCGAUUUCCGAUUCUCCUCACAUUGUAUCCGCCAGCAGAUCGGCAACGCGGUGCCUCCUCUGCUGUCGAAGAGCCUUUUCGAGCAUAUUGCUCAUUCUCUUCGUGAGACGGACGAGGAGGAGUUAAAGCUGCCGCCAGAGCCAGCCGAGCCAGUCCUGAUGGAGCUGGACGAGUGGGGAUGCAUCAUGUGA